AUGCUUGCAGGGGAAAGCGGCGGUUCGAGGUGGGGGGUGGCGAAUAAGCAAUCGUGUCUUCACUUGGUGCACAGCCCACAUCUCGCAGUAUCAAAUGACGGAGACACAACGCACAAAAGGAAGAGAGCAAAUCCAUCGGUGCUCAUCACUCUUUGUGCGUUUUCAAGAAAGUUUGUUUUUCAAGAAGGAACUUAACCCGGUGGCCCAGCGGGUGGAGAGCGCCUUAACCUUCACCUUGAAUUACCACGCCCCAUCCCAUUUACCUGCCUUGCCACCGCUUCAUCAUCCGUGCUGCCUUGGCCAGGAGAUGGAGGAUCCCUUUGGCCCUGGUCCUCUGCCGCAGGUACCUAAUCUCUCCAUCCCGCUGGGGCAGGGUUUCAACCGAUCGUCCGUGAGAGACUCUGCUGCCGGGAUGCUCCCCCCGCUACCCACUCCUCUAAGCCACAAGGUGCGGCUCGUUUCCCUCGGGAUAAUUUUGGUGGUGGCAGUGGUGGGCAACGCCACAGUGCUUUGUACGCUGUGCGGCGGCGGCGGCGGACCCUGGGCUGGUCCCAAGCGUCGGAAGAUGGACUUUCUGCUGGUGCAGCUGGCCCUGGCCGACCUGUACGUGUGCGGGGGGACCGUGCUGUCGCAACUGGCUUGGGAGCUGUUGGGAAACACCCACCUGGUGGCGGGAGACCUAGCUUGCCGAGUCGUCAAACUGCUGCAGGUGUCCGCGCUCCUGGCUUCCUCUAACAUUCUCGCCCUCAUCUGCCUGGAGCGACACCGAGUGGUGAGCCGGCCCCUGGGCCCGCCCCUACCCACUCGCGCCCUUGCCGCCCUGGGCUGGCUGUUGGCACUGCUCCUCGCCCUGCCCCAGGCCUUCGUGGUCCGUGGCUGGCCGGCCGCCAGUCCCCCAGACGGCUACAGCGGGGUUCCCGCCUUGCCCUCGGCUGCAUCCACGACUAGUUCUUCCGUGACCGCCUCGCAGAGCCCUCCAGGGUCUCCGGUUUCUGCCUGGGCAUGGUCCGGGGAGCGUCGGUGCCGUACCAUUUUCAGAGCCUUGCCUCGUUGGCACCUGCAAGUCUAUACUGUGUAUGGGGCGGUCGCGGGAUUCCUAGCACCUCUAGCCAUCCUGGGCGUCGCCUGCGGGCGUCUGCUCUAUAUUCUGUGGCAGCAGCGACCCCAGGCGCCAGCUCCUGCCUCCUGGUCCCCCUGCGCCUGGGAGGCCGGCCACUGCAGAGCUCGAAGCGCCCUCACUCGGGCCAAGGUGCAAAGCCUGAAGAUGACCCUGGUUCUGGCCCUGCUAUUCGUGGUCUGCGAGCUGCCCUAUUUCGCCGCAGAGCUGGCAGCUGCCUGGUCAUCCGAGGCCCCGGGCGAAGGGCAGAGCGAGGGCUUGGCCUCUGCGCUGGGCAUCGUGGUGGUCACCAAUAGCGCUCUCAAUCCCUACGUCUACCUCUUUUUCCAAGCUGGUGACAGCCGGCUGCGGCGGCUGUGGAGGAGGCUGGCCACCGUCUGCUGCUGCGGCCACUGCCCGAAGAAAGGAGACGGGGAGGACGAGGACGAAGCGGCCCAAGGUCAUCAGCCACUGCACCGACACCGCUGGCCCCACCACCACUAUCAUCACCAUCGUCGUCGAGAGCAACCUGGAGCCUUCACGUCGGAGGGCUCCUUUCACCCCCCAGUACCGCCCGCUUCCAAGCAGCUCCCCUGCUCCUGUGAAAGCGCGUUCUAGCCAGUGGAGAGAUGUUUUUCACUUUUGCACCUUUCUGGGAGAAGCCAGGGAAGCCCGUAACCAGAGAUCCCUGAUUAACAAGAAAAGCAAAGGACUACAAUACAAGAAGCGGUUUACUUUAAAACCUCCCUCCUUACCCUCUUUCUUUUUUUUUUCUUCCCUCCUCUUUUUGCCCUUCUUUUCUCCUUCUCUUCCUUCCUUUCUCCUU